AUGAGUGAAUCUUCAUGUUCCUGGGAUGCAUGUUGUGAUAGAGGUCUUCUGAAUCUAGGGAGUUGUAUUUGUGAUUAUGGAUUCUUUGGUGAUCAUUGUGAUUAACAAAUAUCUGAUAUUUUUACUUCCUAAUAAUAUGUUUUCAUUGGCUUAUAUUGUUUAGUCUUUUUAUACACAUUACUAAAUGCUAGUUUUUAACUCUAUAAUACAAUAUUUGAUAAAAAUCUAACUCUUCAAUAGAAGUAAAAGUAAAUUUAAAAUAGAUCUUAGAUAUCCUUUAAACUAUUAAUCGCAUGUCCAAAGAACUUAAUAUUAACAUUGUCAUUUUUAGUUAGCUUAAUAAAAUUGA